AUGCCUCAUAAUCCGUUCAUCUUCUCUCCCACACAAUUCAUCCGCAUUUUCGUGAUCGUCAACAUCACCACCUACAUCACCACCAGGGCCUACCUCGACUCCCGAGCGCCACCGACCCCUCAACCCCGCCUCGACGAGGAGGGGAAUAACAACAACAACUACUACUGCUGCAUCACCAACACCACCACUGGCCGCACGCCGACAGGGCAGGCAAUAACAAGAACCACAACAGCCGCACCGAUGGCACCGAAAGGCAAAGGCGAAAACACCAGAAAAGCUGCAGGCAAUGCCCGCAAAGCCGACGCCGCGGCGCAGAAGCAAGCCGCCGCAGACGCCGUAGCGGCCGCGCGCGAGGAGGAGAAAUGGCAACAGGGCUCCAAGGACACGUCCAAGAAACAAGCGGCGGCGGCCAAGGCCGCAGAGCAGGCGGCGAAGAAGGCCGAGCGGGAGGCGAUGCUCGCGGCCGAAGAGAAGGGGAUGCGAGACAAACCCAAGGGGGCGAACAAGAAGACGGCGGAGAAGAAGAGCAGCAGCAGCCGGGGCACGCUGGACCUGGCCCAACUCGACGGGGACCAACCCAGCGGCAGCAGCAAAGAGCGGGCGCUGAACGCGUCGGGCAUCGACAACGCGCUGGACGCCCUGUCGCUGACGACGGGGUCGGCCAACGACAUGAAGCUCGACCGCCACCCGGAGCGCCGCUUUCCGGCGGCGUACAAGGCGUACGAGGAGCGACGGCUGCCGGAGAUCGACCGGGAGCGACCCGGCCUGCGGCGCAACCAGAAGAUCGAGCUCAUCAAGAAGGAGUUCGAGCGGUCCGACGAGAACCCCUUCAACCAGGCUGGCAACGUGCGCUACGACGCCAGCAAGGAGGAGCUGGCCGACGUGCGCAAGAAGGUGCGCGAGGGCGUCGAGAAUCGCUUGGGCGAGAAGUGA